GCCAGAUUAAACAUGUCAAAAAAAAAAAUACUUUUAUCUUUUCCAUAAAGACUCAUGGAACCAGGAAAGAAUAAACCAGAGCCUUUGCUAUUUGAGGAUAAUAUAUUUCAUCUUGAUCUUCAUCCAAGUAAUGACAUUGUUGUUACUGGCAUGAUCAACGGUCGUAUAAAAUGUUAUCAAUAUGGUUUAGAAGGUCAUAAACACCUUUGGACCUCAAAGACGUUCAAAAAGUCAUGUCGAGGUGUCUCAUUUUCAUUAGACGGAAAGAAUGUUUUUGGUAUUUCUAGAGAUAGAUCGAUCCAGAUCUUGGACACAGAAACAGGACAAGCUAUUCGCACACGACAAAACACUCAUGAGUCACCUAUUAAUUCUUUAUUGAUUAUCAACGAAAACAUGUCUGCCACUGGGGACGAUCAGGGUGUUAUAAAGAUUUGGGAUAGCCGCAAAGAUGAAGCUGUCAUGAUAUACACAGAACAUGAAGACUAUAUUUCACAAAUGACAUACAGCUAUUCAAACAAAACGUUGAUAGCAGUAGGAGGUGAUGGAUACUUGUCAACAUGGGAUAUUAGAAAGCCCGAUGUAGUAGCUAUGUCAGAUCAAAUGGAAGAUGAGUUGUUAUCGAUUGCUUUAAUGAAGGUAAAUAAGUCGAAAGUCGAGAGAAUAGCAACCAUUAAUUCCAUCGCAAAGAAUGAUAAGAAAGCAGUAGUAGGCACACAAGAAGGUGUACUCACCCUGUGGUCAUGGGGGGAUUGGGGUGACUAUAAUGAUCGAAUUAUCGGUCAUCCAAACUCAAUUGAUGCUAUAUGUAAAUUAGACGAAGAUACUAUUUGUACAGGAAGUAGUGAUGGUCUUAUUCGUCUAGUGGGUAUUUUACCAAAUCAAUUCCACGGUAUUCUGGGAGAUCAUGGCGAAAAUAUGCCUAUAGAAAACCUCAAGCUGAGUCACGAUAAGAAAUACCUUGUAUCUAGUGGCCAUGAUGACAAGUUGCAGUUUUGGGAUGUUGCUCAUCUAUUUCAAGAAGACCCCGGAAAAGAAGAAGAUAAUGAUACGACAGAUGAUAAUGAACAAGUUAAGCCAAUCGUCCCAUCAUUAGAAAAAACUGACGUCAAGGACGACGGAAAUGAUGACGAUGACGACAGCUGGGGAACAGAUUCUGAUGAAGAAACCACAAAACAAAAGAAACGUAAAAAGACACAAAAGAAAGAAGCAAGAAAGCCUAAAAAGAAGAAUACAAAAACUGCAGCCUUUUUCGCUGACAUGUAAAAAAAAAAUUUAAUAG